AUGUCGGACGAGAGCUUAGAAAUUUUUUCAAAAACGUCAAAGAAGGCAGCAUUAUUGUCUAGAUGUCUAAACAGAGACCUCAGGGAUAACCGCAGUUCGGAUAUUGUACUGCGCCGCAAUAUAACCGGUUAUUUCAAUAACCAAUUAAGUCAUAAUAAAAUGAAAAGUCCAAAAGCACUUCUAGGAGGAAGAACAAAGUUAUUGAAACUAUUUACUAAAGUUAUCGCUGAAGAUUCCAAAAAUAAGACAAUAUCCAGAAGACAGUUAUCUGCUCUGUCGCCUACGAAGUUUCAAUUUUCCAACGCCAUUGAA